CUUUGACAACCCCACCUAGUUUAUAACCUCUACGGCAAAUCGAAUCUUGGGAUUUUUCAAUAAAUCCUGUUUGGAUUUUCGAGUCCCAGAUAGAAUUAAACCAAAAUGUCUGAGCUUCCCUACGGACCUCCAGUGCGAGUAUCGCCACUCAUCAGGUUCGGCCGUUGGUCGUUCCUCGGUGCUGGUAUCCUGUACGGAGCAUUCCACCAGAACAGGCUGUCCAAGAAGGAGGCUAAGUUCCGUGAAAUCGAAGCCAAGGAGAAGGUUAUCAGAGACGAAAAGCUGAAGAAGGAGAAGGCGAUCGCCGCGGCUGCUGAAAUCAAAGCCCUGGAAGAAAUGGUUGCCCCCAAGAAAUGAACGCGAAGGGACUAAGUGCUAGAUUAUAAGUUAAUAGUGAUCGUCGCCAUCUUGAAAAGUGUUGCUAGUUUAGAAAAUUGUAUGUUUUUUUGAACUGGCAACGUUAUUCCAUCUAUAAAUUAUGUAUUUAAACGAAAUAUAGGUG